AUGGCGCUUCCGCCGCGGCGGCCGUCGCACUGCGGCGCCCCCUGGCGGCAGCGUGGCGCAGAGCGCGCGCGCGGCGCCGUUGCCGCGGCAACGGACUGCACAUUCUUUACAAGGAAAGAAAUUCUGAGACUGUUUUACAGAUACCGAGAUCUAGCCCCACAGCUAGUUCCACUUGACUACACAGAUAAACCAGACGUGACACUUCCCUAUGAACUCAUUGGCAGCAUGCCAGAGCUGAAGGACAAUCCAUUUCGCCAGCGGAUAGCAGAGGUUUUCUCAGAGGAUGGAGACGGCAAUAUGACUUUAGAUGAUUUUUUGGACAUGUUUUCAGUGCUGAGUGAAAUGGCUCCCAGAGACUUGAAAGCUUAUUAUGCUUUUAAAAUUUAUGAUUUUAACAAUGAUGAUUACAUAUGCAAAUCAGAUCUAGAGAAAACUGUUAACAAAUUAACCCGAAAUGAACUUACCCCAGAAGAAGUUAGCCUUGUAUGUGAAAAGGUGAUUUACGAAGCCGAUGUGGACAAUGAUGGCAAGCUUUCUUUGGAAGACUUUCAGCAUAUGAUAAUACGAGCUCCAGAUUUCCUCAGCACAUUUCACAUUCGAAUCUGAAUCUAGUGAAACAUGUAGACGGAACUGCUUCUUGAACCUUCAGCUACUGCUUCACCAGAGAUUACCAUCCAUGAGAGCACAAA